GUUCGUUUCAUCUGCUCCACGUCAAGUACCAAAUGUUUUCCUCCGAAGAGAGAAAGAGUGGAAGCUUCAAGCCACCGUUGAACCUCCAUAGCUUCCUCCUUCUCACUUCGAAUCGUACCAUUCCCCGCCACUCUCAUCGCACGCAACCUCUGCAUAAAAUGCGUCCUUACUUCUCCCUUCUCUGGCCGUCUCAUCAAUCGUCUCCUCCUGUGGUCGAUACUACUGAUGGCGAAGGGAAAGGACAACGGGAAGGGAAAGGGAAAGGGAAAAGCGAAGGUUGAGGAUGUGAUAAGUGUGGAGCAAGAGUCCGUCAUUCCGGUGCCCAAGUCUGAUCUCAUCACGGCUCUCACCGGGCUAAUUAGACCUGAACAAGUUGUGCAAGAGGAUCCAGCAGAGUUUCAUAAGCUGUGCAAGAGGAUUGAAUACACUAUUCGAGCUUGGUACCUUAUGCAGUUUGAAGAAAUGAUGCAACUUUAUCUUCUGUUUGAUCCUAUUGAUGGUAACCAGCGACUGGAGCAGAGGAAAUUAUCUCGUGAAAAAAUAGACACUCUGGAACUAGACUUUCUGGAACACUUUUUCAAGGUUAUGGAAAAGAGCAACUUCAAACUAGCAACUGAUGAGGAAAUUGAAGCUGCACUCUCGGAGAACUAUCUCUUAAAUUUACCAAUUGAAGUCGACGAGUCUAAGUUGGAUAACAAGCUUCUUCAAAGGUAUUUUCAGAAGCAUCCUUGUGAAAAUCUUCCUCGUUUUUCUGAAAAGUACAUUAUUUUUCAUCGAGGAGUAGGAACUGAUCAUACAACCGGUUACUUUUUCAUGGAGAAAUUGGAUACGAUUAUAACUAGUAUUUGGACUAAAUUUCUAAGGGCUACUAGGCUUGAGAGGUUCAUCUCAAAAAGAUCGAGCAAUAUAUUGAGAAAAGAUACAGAGGAAACAACUAGAAUUAUUGAUGAUUCAAAGGAGCUCUUUAAACGAAAAAGGAUUGAAAACAUGGAGUUCAGAACCCAAGACCUACUAGGCAAGAUUGAAAUCCAAGAACCAACUUUUAAAAGAAUAAUCGUCGUUUACAGGCGGGCGAGCACAAAAGACAAGAUAGAUCGAGGAAUCUAUGUAAAACAUUUCAGAAAUAUUCCCAUGGCUGAUUUGGAACUAGUUUUACCUGAAAAGAAAAACCCAAGCUUGACUCCUAGGGACUGGGUCAGCUUCUUGAUUACGAUGGUGCUUGGUCUUAUUACUCUCAUUGGCUCUUUUAAAAUGCCGAAAGCUGAAAUUCGUGUUGUCCUCACUAUCAUUUUCGGUCUCAUUGGCUAUUGUGCUAAAAUUUACUUCACGUUUCAACAAGACAUAGCAACUUACCAGAACUUAAUCACCAAAUCAAUGUUUGACAAACAACUUGACACUGGCAAAGCUACACUCCUACAUUUGUGUGAUGAUGUGAUUCAACAAGAAGUCAAAGAGGUGAUAGUUUCUUACUUUAUUCUAAUGAGGGAAAGGGAAUUGACAAAAGAAGCUCUUGAUCGUCACUGUGAGAAACUUAUUACAGAGGAGUUUGGGAAGAAUUGCAAUUUUGAAGUUGAAGACGCGAUCAGAAAGUUGGAGAAACUUGGUAUUGUUACAAGAAGCGAUGAAAUGAUUCGUGCUGUUCCCCUAAAGCAGGCAAACGAUAUUAUCGGUGUCACGACAGAAGAACUUGUACUGAUGAAAGCCAAACAAGCUCAAGCUUCAUCUUGUUGAUCAGAUUCAGAAAUUGAUAUAUCAAGCUUCUUCAAAUGUAUUGGACUGGCAAGUUGAUUGGUUCGAUUUAUCCAUUGCUACCUCUUCUGCCGUAAUAAAGAUAAAACAUCGGGAUUAUUAUUAUUAUUAUUAUUUGUUUUUUCUGAAAAUGGCUUUGUUUUGCUGAAAAAGAACAUGUUUCUGGAUUUAUCAGGUUGAGUUGUAGCGUAUAACAUCAAAAU